AUGUUUGCGUGCCCGUGCAGUAGUGGUCCCGCGGGACUGGCAAAGCGGUCGGCACCGGGUCGUAUUUUGUUUUUAGUGUGGUUCCUGGUUUUAUCUGUGCUGCUUGUUACCGGAAAUAAUGUGUCGCUUGUCGAAGCGAAGAAGCGGAACGUCACCAAGAAGUACUUCGGCACCCUGGAAAGUACGGGCCCGAACUCCUACAGGUGUUCACCACAAGAGGUGGCGGAAGAGGUUGUUGGUGCUGUGGUGCUGAGUGUAAAAGCUCCCGAGAUGUCUAUCGAGUGCAGAGAGGGCGGCGAGUUUAUGCCCUUAGACGGCGCCAAGAGGUACCCACGCGUGUGUUCUGUGUCAGCAACGGACAAAACCGAUUGCGACAGAAAUAGUCAGCUCUUGACUGAGUACCUUCCAAAAGCACAAGAUCUGUGGUACACCGAAACUUUUGUAGACGACAACGCAACCUACAAAUUCAAAAUCCCCUCUGAUGGGUUUCCCCCACAGAAGCAACAAUUCAAGGUUGGAUGCCGAUAUACGGGGAAUGAGUACUGCUUUAUUACCGUCACGGUCGAGCCUGCGGCAGCGGUUGUGACUCGCCAAAAGGCGACGUGUGGGUACUCAGAAGCGGAACCGGUAAAUCUUGAGCUGAGCAUGUCAGAAGACAACAAUUCGAUCGCGAUUCAGUGCGGAGAAAAUCACUUUCCUCAGCCAUCGACAUACAGCCUUCAGUACUGUUCAGGGCAAUCUGUGGACCCGCAACACUGUGUCGCGCAACAUAUGACGAAACUCUUCACGAAUUUCAGCACAAAGUGGUGGAAGGGUAAGCCCAACUCGCCUGCAGGCACUGUUUUCACAAUUCCAGAAGGUGAAUUCCCCACCAAACCUACAACAUUCCUAGUCGGGUGCUCAAGCACUGUCGACGCGGGGCCUUUUUGCAAUGUCAGAGUAAACGUGGCAGCUCGAUCACAGGAGGCAGUUGGGGCUGAGCGUCCAUCAGGAACUCUCGUUUCGUCUGCUUCAGCCCCUGGCAUCGCUUUUCUGUCCCUUGUGAUCGUUGUUGGGCUUCAUACUGUUGCUUAA